CAGGGCAGUGGCAGCAAACCUGCCUGCGCCGCGCGAUGCUGCGCUCCAGCCGCUACCGCGGGGCGCUGUGCGAGCGAUCACCCGGCCUUGAAUAAAGCACCGAGCACCCCCAAAGCCGCGCUCCGCUCGGCAGCGAGCGGCUCCCUGGGGGGGCAGCGGGGCGCGGCCGGCGCUGGGCUGGGCUCGGGGGGCACCUCCCGGCCGCCCCCCGCCGCUCCGAGCACACCGCGGCUCCGGCUGCCGGGGCCGCCGCCGCGCUCGGCCACCAAUGCAGGGGAUAGCGGCGGGCACGCAGCGGCUCCGCGGCAGCGCGGAGGGCAGGUGAACUCCGGGGAAGGAUGACCGGCGUGGCCGCGAUCGUCUUUUUCCUGCAGCUCUUACCCAGGGCGGACGGACAGGUUUUCCCAGGUGGCUGUUCAUUUGAUGAGCACUACAGCAACUGUGGUUAUAGUGUCGCCUUGGGAACCAAUGGAUUUACCUGGGAGCAGAUCAACACCUGGGAAAAGCCAACAAUGGAUCCUGCUGUCCCAACUGGCUCCUUCAUGAUGGUGAACAGCUCUGGGAGAGCAUCAGGGCAGAAAGCUCACCUGCUGCUGCCCACUCUGAAGGAGAAUGACACGCACUGCAUUGAUUUCCACUAUUACCUGUCCAGCCGCGACCGCUCCAGCCCCGGCUCCCUCAACGUCUAUGUCAAGGUCAACGGGGGCCCCCAGGGCAACCCCAUCUGGAACGUGUCAGGAGUGGUGACCGAGGGCUGGGUGAAGGCUGAGCUGGCCAUCAGCACCUUCUGGCCACAUUUUUACCAGGUGAUAUUUGAGUCUGUCUCUUUGAAAGGACACCCUGGGUACAUAGCUGUGGAUGAAGUCAGAGUCCUCGCCCACCCCUGCAGAAAAGCCCCGCAUUUCCUGCGGCUGCAGAACGUGGAGGUGAACGUGGGGCAGAACGCCACCUUCCAGUGCAUCGCCGGGGGAAAGUGGUCACAGCACGACAAGCUCUGGCUCCAGCAGUGGAACGGGAGGGACACAGCCCUGAUGGUCACUCGAGUGGUCAACCACAGGCGUUUCUCAGCCACGGUCAGCGUGGCCGACACGUCGCAGCGCAGCAUCAGCAAGUACCGCUGCGUCAUCCGCUCCGACGGCGGCUCCGGCGUCUCCAACUACGCCGAGCUCAUCGUCAAAGAGCCUCCCACCCCGAUCGCGCCCCCGGAGCUGCUGGCCGUGGGGGCCACAUACCUGUGGAUCAAACCCAACGCCAACUCCAUCAUCGGGGACGGGCCCAUCAUCCUCAAGGAGGUGGAGUACAGGACCACCACGGGCAACUGGGCGGAGACACACAUCGUGGACUCCCCCAACUACAAGCUGUGGCACCUGGACCCCGACGUGGAGUACGAGAUCCGCGUGCUGCUGACGCGCCCCGGGGAAGGGGGCACGGGACCACCCGGGCCCCCCCUGACCACCAGGACCAAGUGUGCAGACCCCGUGCACGGGCCGCAGAACGUGGAGGUGGUGGACAUCCGCUCGCGGCAGCUGACGCUGCAGUGGGAGCCCUUCGGCUACGCCGUGACGCGCUGCCACAGCUACAACCUCACCGUGCACUACCAGUACGUCUUCAACCAGCAGAAAUUCGAGGCAGAGGAGCUCAUCCAGACCUCCUCCCACUACACCCUGCGGGGGCUCCGGCCCUUCAUGACCAUCAGGCUGAGGUUGGCCCUCUCCAACCCCGAGGGCAGAAUGGAAAGCGAGGAGCUGGUGGUGCAGACUGAGGAGGAUGUUCCUGGACCGGUUCCCUUGGAAUCUAUCCAAGGAGGACCUUUUGAAGAGAAGAUCUACGUUCAGUGGAAGCCUCCAAAUGAGACAAAUGGCAUCAUUACACUCUAUGAGAUCACAUACAAGGCCGUUGGGUCUCUGGAUCCCAGUGCUGACCUGUCCAGCCAGAGAGGGAAAGUCUUCAAGCUGCGCAAUGAAACCCAUCACCUCUUUGUGGGAUUGUACCCAGGCACCACCUACUCAUUCACCAUCAAAGCCAGCACAGUCAAGGGCUUUGGGCCACCCAUCACCACCAGGAUUGCAACCAAGAUUUCAGCUCCAUCCAUGCCGGAGUACGACACGGACUCUCCCCUCAACGAGACUGACACCACCAUCACUGUCAUGCUGAAACCUGCUCAGUCCCGGGGAGCACCUGUCAGUGUGUACCAGCUCGUUGUGAAGGAGGAGAAGCUGCAGAAAGCCCGGAGAGCUGCAGACAUCAUCGAGUGCUUCUCUGUGCCAGUGAGCUACAAGAACGCCUCCAGCCUGGACUCCCCACACUACUUUGCAGCUGAGCUGAAGCCCAUCAACCUUCCUGUCACACAGCCCUUCACCGUGGGCGACAACAAGACCUACAAUGGCUACUGGAAUGCUCCUCUGUCUCCCCUGAAAAGCUACAGCAUAUACUUCCAGGCUCUUAGCAAGGCCAAUGGAGAAACAAAAAUCAACUGUGUCCGGCUGGCAACAAAAGGAGCUUCCACCCAGAAUUCCAACGCAGUGGAACCUGAAAAGCAAGUGGACAGCACGGUGAAAAUGGCUGGAGUUAUAGCUGGUCUCCUGAUGUUUGUUAUUAUCCUCUUGGGAGCAAUGCUUACCAUCAAAAGAAGAAGAAAUGCAUAUUCCUACUCCUAUUACUUGCAUUCAAGCCAAUGUUUUAGGGGCCUCUCUGUCUUCUACAGGACCAGGAAGCUAGCCAAGAAGCAGAAGGAGACUCAGACCAGCACGCAGAGGGAGAUGGGUCCUGUGGCUUCUUCUGACAAGACCUCCACCAAACUCAGUGCUGUUCACAAUGAAGAAGCUUUUUCUUCCAGCUGCCAAGAUGUUAAUGGAUUCACAUCACCCUCUCCUUGUUCAUUUUCUGUCCAAAGCAAAACCCUUCAGAGCAAAUCUAUGUUGAAUUCCUACUACUCAGUUUCAUCAGACACCGUCCCAUCGACCACGCUGUUAGACAGCAGCCACGGGGAGCUGGCCCAGCCCACGCUGACCAUCCAGACCCACCCGUACCGCAGCUGCGAGCCCGUGGAGAUGUCCUACCCCCGGGGGCAGUUCCAGCCCGCCAUCCGCGUGGCAGACCUGCUGCAGCACAUCACCCAGAUGAAGAGGGGACAGGGCUAUGGCUUCAAGGAGGAGUACGAGGCACUCCCCGAGGGGCAGACGGCGUCCUGGGAUACGGCCAAGGAAGACGAGAACCGCAACAAGAACAGAUAUGGGAACAUAAUCUCCUAUGAUCACUCAAGAGUGAGACUGCAGCUGCUGGAUGGGGACCCUCACUCCGACUACAUCAAUGCCAAUUACAUCGACGGGUACCAUCGGCCUCGCCAUUACAUUGCAACUCAAGGGCCGAUGCAGGAGACAGUGAAGGAUUUCUGGAGAAUGAUUUGGCAAGAAAACUCUGCGAGCGUUGUCAUGGUCACCAACCUGGUGGAGGUGGGCAGGGUGAAGUGUGUUCGAUACUGGCCAGAUGACACAGAGGUCUAUGGAGAUAUUAAAGUCACAUUAAUUGAGACAGAGCCACUGGCAGAGUAUGUCAUACGUACCUUCACUGUCCAAAAGAAAGGCUACCAUGAGAUCCGGGAGAUUCGGCAGUUCCACUUCACCAGCUGGCCGGACCACGGCGUGCCCUGCUACGCCACGGGGCUGCUGGGCUUCGUGCGCCAGGUGAAGUUCCUCAACCCCCCCGAGGCAGGACCCAUCGUGGUGCACUGCAGUGCUGGGGCCGGGAGGACAGGGUGCUUUAUUGCCAUUGACAUCAUGCUGGACAUGGCAGAGAACGAGGGCGUGGUGGAUAUAUUCAACUGCGUGCGAGAGCUGCGCUCCCAGAGGGUCAAUUUGGUGCAGACAGAGGAGCAGUAUGUGUUUGUCCAUGAUGCCAUUUUGGAGGCAUGUCUCUGUGGCAACACAGCCAUUCCAGUCUGUGAGUUCAGAUCCAUAUAUUACAACAUCAGCAGACUGGAUCCACAGACCAAUUCCAGCCAGAUAAAAGAUGAGUUUCAGACGCUGAACAUCGUGACGCCGCGGGUGCGGCCGGAGGACUGCAGCAUCGGGCUGCUGCCGCGCAACCACGACAAGAACCGCUGCAUGGACGUGCUGCCGCUGGACCGCUGCCUGCCCUUCCUCAUCUCCGUGGAUGGCGAGUCCAGCAACUACAUCAAUGCUGCGCUCAUGGAUAGCCACAAGCAGCCUGCUGCCUUCAUUGUCACCCAGCACCCUUUGCCCAACACCAUCACAGACUUCUGGAGGCUGGUGUUUGAUUACAACUGCUCCUCCGUGGUGAUGCUCAACGAGAUGGAUGCAGCACAGCUCUGUAUGCAGUACUGGCCAGAGAAGACAUCGUGUUGUUAUGGCCCAAUCCAGGUGGAGUUUGUUUCAGCAGAUAUUGAUGAAGAUAUCAUCAACAGGAUAUUCCGGAUUUGCAACAUGGCCAGGCCGCAGGACGGGUACCGCAUCGUGCAGCACCUGCAGUACAUCGGCUGGCCGGCCUACAGGGACACCCCUCCCUCCAAGCGCUCCCUGCUCAAGGUGGUCCGGAGGCUGGAGAAGUGGCAGGAGCAGUACGAUGGCAGAGACGGGCGCACCGUGGUCCACUGCCUGAAUGGUGGUGGUCGCAGCGGCACCUUCUGUGCCAUCUGCAGCGUGUGUGAGAUGAUCCAGCAGCAGAACAUCAUUGACGUGUUCCACAUAGUGAAAACGCUACGGAAUAACAAGUCCAACAUGGUGGAGUCACUGGAACAGUAUAAAUUUGUAUACGAGGUUGCACUGGAAUACUUGAGUUCCUUUUAGCCCAGCCAAGGGAGGGGACCCCAGGAUGUGCCAGACCCCAAACUCUGGUGGAUGCUUCUCCCCUGUCCCACACUGGAAGGCAGUGACAAGUGUGGGGAGGAAAACUUCUCUCUCCUUCUCAGCAAGAGACUGAGGUUGCAGAGACCUCGCUGCAAGGAGGAGGCGAUGCCUGUGUGUGCUGCUGCCUGCUUUCUAUGGGAACAUCUACUGCUUCUUAAAUAACUUACUGUAAAAAUUAGCAACGUGGGAGACAGGCUGAAGGACUGGACUUUCUAAUCCCCUCUGACUUCUCUCCUCUUUUGGAUUGUGUUUUUGUUCUGCUUGCUGCAGAGUGGGGAAGGAAUGAAACCCUUAGGAAAUUCUCUUAUAAAUGUCUCCUUUUUAAUUUAUAAUUUUGUUCUCAAAUCCCAGCCUUUUAAUUUUUUAAUUUCAUGCAGCAGUCAUUUGGGAAAAACGAGAUAGCCAUAGGGGAUACAUGAAAUGUUUCAUUACAAUUUGUCUACCUUAUCUGUUUCCUUUUAUUUGUUUUUCCUAAUGAAAGGGCCAACACACACAUAUAAAAAACAAAAAGACUAUGCUGGAAUUCUCUUCCCAAAUGUAGUCCCUUUAAGCAUGAAAAUAGAUGGUGGAGAUGCGAAGCUGUACAUGGAACCGCUGCCUCCACAGAAAUAUUUCCUCCCAGUUUCUGCUCAACUUCAGGGCUGUGCAUGACCCAGUUCCAUCCCUCUGGUCUGUGUCCUUUCACUGCUGGUGAAGCUGUUGAGGAGUUUCCCAGACACUUGGACCUGAAAGUUAAAUAUUUGCAUCAAAAAAAUGGCAUUCAUCUGGCAACUCUGGUGAUUUGGUCACCACAUUUCCCAAGUAUUAGCUGGGGUGCAGUGUGUCUCUGACAAACAGGGUAUGAAGUAGGUAUUACUGCUCAUAUACUAUGUAUGACUAUUUUUUAUUUAUUAUUUGUAUUGCUGUAGAACUUAGGAGCCCUAGUCACGCCAGGACCCUGCUGAACCAGGCACUGUGCAGGCAGACAGCAAAGAAAGUUCCUGCUCAAGAGUUUCAAAGUCUGAAGGUUCUUAAAAUUGAGUUUGGGCAAGAUUUCCUCACUAUUUCCAGGAACCUACAAGCUUCAAAAUUGUAACCUAUUGGAGCUGUAGGAAAGGUGAUGUACAUACACAGAAACCUGUUCUGACACCUGUAAAGAGAAGUGUUAGCCCAGCACAGCAACUUCUCUUCUUCAGCAAAACAGCUUUUGUUUUAUUCUGCAAAAAUGCCUGUGCAAGUCUCCUUCUCUGAAACAAGCACCAGAUGUGUUUUGCCAUGGUUGUGGACCCCAUUCUGACUUCUUAGCAGCCAAGAAAUUGCUUUUCUGAAAAAGUAUGUUUAAGUAGUUAAUCACUAAGGUCUGCAGGGUAAUCUUGGGGGAAAUAAUAAUUGAAUGAGCAAGGCUUUACAAUAAUUAAUAUUUCAAUUUAGCCAUUUAUUUAUCUUGAGGGUGCGGGAUAUGAGGUUGCUCUGUGUGUAAAAUGGAUUCCGGGGUGUAGGUUCUCUAAAUUCAGACUUGCUAAAAGACAGACUGGAGGUAAGAGUUGAAGGAAACUCCAAUUUUCUUAUCAGCCUGUAGUUUUCCACCCUCAGGAAAAUCCUCAGAGGCUGCUGGGAGCUCUGUCCUGGCACAGAGCAUGCCAGAAGUUCAGAAUGUUUUGCUAAUUCUGUCUGUGAAUUCAAAAGGCACCUCUGCUUCACGAUCAUUCUUUCUUCAAUAGUCACACCCUCACCUUGACCAGGAGGGAUGGAAAUGAAAUCUGGCAAAAGCAGCUCUCAACUCAGCCACAAACCAGUACCCAGCCAAACCAUUGCCAUCCACCAGGACCUGCACCAGCCUAGGGAAGGGUGCUUGGAGUUUCAUUAAUACCCCUCUUGACAAGCAAAGGAUUCUGAACCACCUGGGGUUUCUCUAAGGAGCUUUGGAUUCUUGGCUUUAAUACCAUGAAGGCCUUAACUGAUCAUGAACCACCUUCUCACAGGAGCCUCUGGUUGGUCCUUUCUGUUGCCUGCAAAAAAUCAACUUUAGUUCCAGUUGGGGCUGUCAAGUGACUUGUCUGAAUUGUUUUUUUUUUUAUUUAUGCAACAACACAAUUCAGCAGGAAAAAUAAGUAAAAGGCAAAGUGAAACUAUGAGAUAAAAGUGAGAGGAAAAGGAUAAUAUUGGUGUUUUGAUUACAGGUGGCUGGAUGGAACAGUGUAGGUCAGGUGCUGGGAGAGAAAAAGGAAGAGGGAAUUCUAAUCCCAGGAAGGGAUUUUUCAACAACUGCCUAGGUAUGAAGAAACUACAAGUCAGCAAAGUGUUUUUGACUCUGCUGACUCCAGAAAGCCAAGGGGAACCACUCCCUGUGGAUAAUACAGAAAUAUUAAUUAAUAAUUAGCAUUCUGUUAAUUUUACAUAGAAGGCAGCACAGUGACAGGUCUCCCUGGUGACUCAGGGGAGUGCAGCCAGCACCGAGGGUGACAGCUGGGAUAAGGGAACAGGGAGGUGCAGAAAUGCCACUGUCACUGAGGUGUGAAGUGUAGGAGGUAAUUUGGGCUUAACUUAAAAGAAAGUGGAUUGAAAUGCCAGAGUUAAGCCCACAGGAGGGGUGUGUGAGUGAGGGGAAGGACGUGUGGGAUGAGCAGAGCAGAGCAGCACUGGCAGUGCAGUGCUUUAGGGUCUGGAGGUGGGUUUGGAUGUGUUUUAUGGUAUGAAAACUACUAAAGGGUCAGGUACCUGUAUCAGCUGGCCCACAGCAACUCCCUGUGUGCUCAGCCCUCUGCAGAAGCCAAGUGAUGUUGGCACAAACUGCAGGGAAAGAUAUUUAAGCUAAAUUUUACAUUUGGUAGGAGCUCGAUGCAAAUGUCGGUUCCCACAGCCCAACUGUUAGUCACAGCUUAUUAUGUGGCCACUCAACCAUGUGUGUGAACUUCCUAAUGUCCAGCCUAAAACCCAUAUGGGAAGAUGCUCAGCAGACACUGCAGAUUGUGUUGCCAAGUUGUUAUAAAUUCCUGCAGUUACAGUGCUUUUGGGGGACUGACCCAGCUCCAGUCUGUGUUGGCUCAGGGAUCUUCAUGCUGUUCCUCCCUGCACAGUGCAUAUAUGCCAAGUGUGAAUUAAUGAUGAAGGGAAUUGUGUGGAAAAGCUCACUUUAAAUCACUUUAUUACCUUGAGGUUGUUUAAACCCUAGAGAACAGCCCAUAGUGAAGUAGGUAAUGUGUUUGAAGCAAGAUUAUGGGUGAUGGGUUUGUUUUCAUGGGGAAAGAAAGGAGUUAUGAGAUGAGAUAAAGGAGGUUUUCUCACUCCUGGAAGGAUUAAUAGUCAGUGUGAGCUUUUCAGCCUAAGCAUCCCCUGCUGUGGAUGAAAAGUGAUAAUGUGCAGUAAAAAAAAAGGUGAAUUCCUCAGUGACUGAAUCUUAGGCUGGAAAAAAUAUCACAUUGACAAUAUUUGAAUGGACAUAAUGAAGAUGAACUUAUUCCCAUGGAGACAUCCUUCAGAGGUGAGGGGGAACUGUUUGUGAUAGCACAGAGUUGGUGUAAAGUUUGGUCUGGAAUACAAGGAAGUAGAAACAGGUGGUUUGGGGUCAUUGUCUCAUAUAGGGGGUAAAAAACAUUAUUAAAUUAUUAUUGGUGUAACUGCAGCAAUGAAUUCCACUGGUUAUCAGGAGUUUCUAGCCUUCUAUUCUGGAGCUGUAAACUCCCUAGGAAAACAACAACAAAAAAAAGGUCCAGUAGCCACAUGGAUCCCACAGUAGUAAAUUUAAGCCUGUCGGUGCCAGAGUGGCUUUUCCAUUUACUUUCCACAGGCCCUGUAGCAGCAGUUUGUGGGAUUUCCCUUGGGAAUCUCAAGCCAGGGAUUUCUGGUCACUGCUCUUGGGGUGCUGUAGUCAGAGGAAGGAGAGAGGCUCCUGCAGCAGGUGGUUCAGGAGGCAGUUAAACCAGUUUCCAUCUGGAAGAGAAGGAAAGGAGAAGAAAUCUCCUUUGGGAGAAACCAAAUAUUGGAGGAAAAAGCAAAUGAAAUGGAUCCUGAAACAGGUAGGAAAUUUGCACCUUGCUCUCUCUCUGAUUCUUGCACAGCUGCUCUCAUCUCACUCUCCUGAGUUCCUGCCAAGAUCAUAAAAAACACAUAAUGUCACAUUCCCUGCUGUGGAGAUGGAGCACUUGGAGUGUGACAGAGGGAAUAAAUCCUGAGGGACAAAGAUAAAAGAAGAUUUGCUCAAGAGAGGAAUCUUCAAACAUGAGGUGCUUCUAUCUGUCACACUUGCAGAAUUUUUAGUAAAGUCACAGAGCAGUGCACAGUCCUGGCAUGGUCCUGGAUGGGCAAUGUGGUGGAAAAGUUCCCCUUGGAAAACUUCAUUGUCCUGUAAUAAAUGUGAGCAAUCCACUCCAUGAUGUUGGCAGCACAGUUAAUUUUUGUGAUCACUCCAGCCAGUGAAAGGGGCAUCUCAAGACCUUGGUGUGAAACUGCUGCAUUUUCAUUUGAGAAUCUUUAAUUUGUCUUAAGUGUACAAAAGACAGUCAACCCCUUUUUUUUUUUUUUUAGGAAAAUAAAGGGGGCCAUGUGGCAAAAGUGGCAACAUUUAUUAAGUGGCAACAUUUAUUCAGUAUAACCACUGCCAUUGGGUCAAAAAUUCCAUAUUCCUGCUGUGUGAGGGCAGAACAAAGCACUGCAGCUGCCCUGCCCAGACAGAGGAACAGGAGGAGCCAGCUAAGUCAGAGAGACAGAUGUGAGCAGUGAGGAUUCUGUUAACCCUCCUGUGCUCCUGCUUAUUUAGAUUGCAGUCUUCUAUAGCCAUACAUACAUAAUAUACAAUUUCAAUGCAAGUGCUCUUUCUUUCCCUGUUCCCAAAAAUACCUCCAGCUCUUUUUCCUCGAGGGUGAGCCAACAGCACAGCGAGCAAAGCCCAAUUUCUGCAGUUUUGGCAAGGACCACAAGGAAAAUCCAUCAUGUAUUAUCUGUUCAUUGACUUGGAAAAGGUAUCAAUCAUCUGCCUCAUAUGCAUACUUGAAGAAUGUACAAUUUGCUCAAACUGUCAAGCAGAAUCAUACAUUUUCAUAUACCACCAAAUCCUGGUGGUACAGAGUGUAAUGGAAAGAAAAAAAAAGAGGCAAAAACUUGCUGACUUCCAGUGACCUCUAGUCUAUAACCAUUAACUGCUGUGUUAAAAUAUUUUAAAAGUUUCCCUUGUGAAAAAAAAAAUAAACUAUGUUCAGAAUAUCCUACAGUUUAACGUUGGACUAGCAGAAUGUGAAAACCUGGCAGCUUUUCCAGUUUGUAAAAACAUGAGGGAUCUAAAUCAGUCUUUCCAUCCUCAUCCCAGUUCAUGCAGCAGAUUUUCCACCACUAUUCUGUGUUCAACCUGAGCCUUAAAAGACAAACUAAUGCAGCAGACUGAAUGCCAGAUGCUGGUGUUCCCAUAGUGUUUCCUGGCGGGGGGGGGGAAAUUAAAAGGAUGAAAGGGGAAAAAAGAACAUGCUAAAAUGGUUUUUCUUGGAAUUCAAUUCAACGAGCUGUUUCUGAGCAGUAUAAACAUGAGCCAGUCCAUGGCACUCUGGAGGUACACGGUGAAGAUGCUGUUGAUAUCCCUUAGGGAUCAAUCCUGGUAUUUCAUAUAUAGGUGCCCAAGAGGUACCUAUAUAUGAAAUAUCAGGAUUGGUCCUGAUAUUAGUGGUUCCUUAGUGGAGGCAAUUGUCACGGCAGGAGUGUUUCAGUGGAGAUCUGUCACCCUGCAAUGCCACCCUUUGGGACACCCUGUGAGACACCUCAAGUGUGCGGCACUGGAUGGAUUUCCUUGUGUGAGUACAUCAUCUUUCAGUGAGGAAAUCCCCAGGAACUCUUCUUUGUGUGAAAUAAUUGAAAGAAGUAUGUUUUGGGGGAUGGAAGAGGAAGUGGGGCCAGCACUUUGCAAGCUUUCAUGAAUUUAGGUACUCAGAGACUCCCCAGGACAAACACUGCUCGGUGUUUCACAUUGCUGACAGUCAAACCAAACUUCAUGUGCUGGACUUCCAUGUACCUGGAGCAGAACUGGAAUUACCCCCUCAUUGCCCUUCCAGCCCUUUCCUGCAUUGCCAGCAUUUACACACUGUACUUCUAUGCCAAAACUUUGAGCUGCAUCCUUAACACCUCCCUUAACCCACCCUGACUAACCGCAGUGACAGAAUUCACUCCCACCCUGAUUUAAUCUCCUGUGGGCACACAGAUGUGCCAGCAUCGCUUCUUGCCGGCCUUGCCACCUCCUCAGGGGGCAGUGGCUGCCUCUGGCUGAGCAGUGUGCCAUCCCAGCUCCCUGGAUGUGUUUUUGGGCAGGGAGGAGUGCUGCUGCAUGAGAGGAGUCUCUGCUGAUGCGGUGCCGCCGCCCCCUCUGCUCCCCCUUGGCCUUUAUGGAUUACUGGUGAAACUCACUUGUACAGUUUGGAUGUUUGAUAGAUAAAGCACGUAUGAAAAAACAAAAAAAGGAAAAAAAUAUAAAUACAAAACUCUCAACACUGUGCAUUCAGUGUCUUUUCUUUCUAGCUUAAAAGAAGGAAGGUAAAUAAUGUCAAGUCAAUGAAUAUCAGAUAUAUUUUUUGACUGUACAUUACAGUGAAGUGUAAUCUUUUUUUUACAACUGCGAGUCCAUCUUAUUUAUUCUUGUAAAUGUUCCCAGACAAUGUUUGUAAUAUGGGCUGUGUUGCAAAUCCAUAAAAUAAAUCUGUGAUCUGAGAUUAAUGUUUUACUAAGAGA